AUGAGGUUCUGCGCUGCACUGUUGCUCUUGGUGUGUUUGGUUGUUGCGUGUCAAGCGCAAGGAGGUGGCGGUGGCGGUGGUCGAUACGGUGGAGGUGGUGGACCAUAUGGUGGCGGUGGUGGGCCCUAUGGUGGUGGUGGCGGUGGACCCUAUGGAGGAGGUGGUGGACGCUUUGGCGGCGGCGGUGGUGGACGUUAUGGUGGCGGUGGUGGUGGACGUUAUGGUGGAGGUGGUGGCGGUGGCCUUGUUGCCGGUGAAGCUCAACGUAGAGGAGGCAUCGGUGGAGGUAUGGGCAGAGGCAGUGUCGGUGGACGUGGCGGUGGCGGUCGCAUAGGUGGUGGACGUAUCGGCGGUCGCAUGGGUUAA